UGUACCGGAUUCAUUGAACAAGUAAUUAAAAUAUUGGAAGAGGUUGGAACUUUAUCGGAAAAUAAUAGAGAUCAAUUAAUUGAAACUAAAGAAUAUAAUGAUUGUAGUACCUUGAUUUUUGAAAUUGAAUAUUAUUUCAAAAAACUUGAUCAAGUAAAUUCAAAUCAAUUCGUAGUUAAGGAAUCUCUCAAGAAAUUCGUUCUUAAUUUGGAGAUUGUUGUUAAUGCUAUCCAGAGAGCCUCUGAACAUUUGAAACCAAAGAAAGUAAGUAAAUGGAGUCCUUCUAUCGUUUCGAAAAUAAAAACGAUUGGAAAAUUGAUGGUUAUGAAAAAGGAAUCAGAUCGAAUUAAAGAUGAUAGCGAUUUCGCUCCUCUUAUGCAUGAGGAGGAACAUGUAAUUCAACAAGGAUUAAAUAUUCCGACCAGUGAAGUAGAAGAUCCGUCAAAUAUCCCGACAAGUGUGGAAGAUCCAUUGAACGUUCCGACAAGUGUGGAAGAUCCAAUAGAAGUUCCAGUAAUUGUGGAAGAUCCAUUGAAAGUUCCGACGAGCGAGAAAGAAGAUCCAAUUGAACCUAUAAUUCAACGAGAAGUAAUUUUUACGGAAAGUUUAAUUAGGGAAGACGAAAGUCCAAAUGAACCUAUCAUUCAACAAGAUAUCAUUAUGCCGACAGGUUUCAUUAAACAAGAAUUGAUCAUUUCAACAGGUCUCAAUCGUGGGGGCAAUAAUGAAGGAAUGUUUUUUAAUAAUAAAGUUUCCGAGAAAUGUAUUGGAAUCAUUCCAAGAGAUGAUAUCAAAUUCACUAAAUUUCAAAAUGAAAUGUCAUAUCUCAUGAAAUUAUCAUGUGGUUGUAACAAUAUUCUCUCGGUAAAAGGAUUUACUGAACGUUCGAUUAUGGAUAAUCCUUCCAUUUUGAUUUAUAUUGUGAAUUACUUGAUAAGUUCUUUAUUCCUUAAAUUAACUUAUAGAAAUAAGUAUGCAACAAUGUUGGUUACCGAAUGGGCGGAAUUUAAUCUUCCAGAUUAUUUAGAAAAAAAUGACCUAGAUUGGAGUGCUAAACUUUCUAUCGCUCGUGGAAUUGCCAAUGCGUUGAAUCAUAUUCACAAUUUAAACUUACUUCAUUACAACGUUAAAAGUGAUAGCGUCUUAUUGGAUCAUAAUCUUGAACCAAAACUUCAUAAAUUUGGUAUGGAUGCAAAAGAUUGCGUCUUUUUAAAAUCAGCAAGAUCAUUAAAAUCUUCAAAUUGGUCAGCUCCUGAAGUUAAACGAGGGGGAAAAUACACUUCAGCAAGUGAGGUUUAUAGCUUUGGAGUUAUUCUUUGGGAGAUUGCCACACAAGAAUGUCUAUCAGGAAAUAAAUCUAUCGAUAAAAGAGAUAUUGAUGAUGCGCCAACAAAUUAUCUGACCCUCAUGAAAAGCGCUUUGGAUCAAGAGCCUCAAAAUCGUCCAACUAUGCAAGAGAUGUUUGAUUCUCUGAGUCAAUUUGAGUCUUUUUAUAGUGCCCGUCAACAAAAACAACAAAAUCUUUCGAUAAGAAAUAUUAUAAAUAUAUUACAUACGAAUUCUGUUGUUUCUAGCUCAUCUGAGGAUCAUCUCACUAUUGUAACAUCACGUGCAAACUCACCGGCACCUUCAAUAUCAGAUCACGAAUAUAUGUUCUUCACCAAUAAUGUCAAUACUACUUCAAAAGUUGAAAAUUCUACCGAUAUUGACGAAUUUACUGUUAGCGAAUCUACUUCAAGUAUUGAAAAAUCUUCCACCGUUAAUGUCAACGAUACUUCAAAUCUUGAAAAAUCAUCAAUAUUUACCAAUCAUGUAGUAGAAUCACCAAUUUCCACUAAAAAUGUCGACUGUAAUUCAGAUAAUGAAAAUUCAUCAACGUUUACGCACACCAAUGACGUCGACUACCAUUCAGAUACCGAAAUUUCAACUUUUACCAAUGACGUCGAUUAUCAUUCAGAUACCGAAAGUUCAACAAUUUUCACCAAGGAUGUUGAAAUAAAUGCUGAAAAUUCACUAACUUCCACCAAUGAUGUCGAUUAUCAUUCAGAUACCGAAAGUUCAACAAUUUUCAUCAAGGAUGUUGAAACAAAUGCUGAAAAGUCAACAACUUUUACAAAUGACGUCGAUUAUCAUUCAGAUACCGAAAAUUCAACCACCAUCACCAAUAAUGUCGAAACAAAUGCUGAAAAUUCCCCUACUUUCACCAAUAAUGUCGACCAUAAUUCAAAUAUUGAAAUAUUGCAAACUCUUACCAACGAUAUAAAAUCCACUUCAAAUAUUGAGAAAUCAUCAUCAACCAUUAUCCAUCAC